AUGGCGUCGACCACGCGAGCUCUUCGCCAGGCCAGCGGGAUUCUGCUCCGAGACUGCACUCCUGUCCCACGACUCUCUGCACGCCAUUUCUCUACUCGCACACCCUCGCUGGCUGUCAGACAGCACCUGGUGAACCCCAAGACGCCCUCAUGGCAGCAAGUCAAGAGAUUCACGCGGUCGACAAAACGACGUGCUCUGGUGCAAGAGGCCCCCCGCCCAGAGGCGUAUUUGGAGAGCGGUGCGAUCGAGUACGGGAAGAACCUGGUCGAUGUGAAGAAGGUCCUAGUCAUUGGGAGUGGCGGUCUGAGUAUCGGGCAGGCUGGAGAGUUUGAUUAUUCUGGGUCCCAAGCGCUGAAAGCACUCAAAGAAGCUGGUGUCAAGUCUAUCCUCAUUAACCCCAACAUCGCGACCAUUCAAACCGACCACAAGCUCGCCGACGAGGUCUACUACCUUCCCGUCACUCCUGAAUAUGUCACCUAUGUCAUCGAGAGAGAGAAACCCGACGGCAUUCUCCUCACCUUUGGCGGCCAGACAGGUCUCAAUUUGGGUGUCAAGAUGAACAAGAUGGGCAUAUUUGAUCGCUACGGCGUCAAGGUACUGGGCACCAGCAUCAAGACUCUCGAGACAAGUGAAGACCGGGAUUUGUUUGCCAAGGCCCUCAACGAGAUCAACAUUCCUAUUGCCCAGUCCAUUGCUGUCAGCACCGUGGAGGAAGCCCUUGACGCUGCUGAGAAGGUCGGAUACCCCAUCAUCGUCCGCUCCGCCUAUGCCCUCGGCGGUCUAGGCUCAGGUUUUGCCAAUAACCCCGAAGAGCUCAGCAAUUUGUCUUCCCGAUCUCUGUCCCUGUCACCCCAGAUUCUGGUCGAGAAAUCUCUAAAAGGCUGGAAGGAAGUCGAGUACGAAGUUGUUCGCGAUGCUGAGGACAACUGUAUCACUGUCUGCAACAUGGAGAACUUUGAUCCCCUCGGCAUUCAUACCGGAGAUAGCAUUGUUGUCGCGCCAAGUCAGACUCUGAGUGAUGAAGAGUAUCAUAUGUUGCGGACAGCGGCCAUCAAGAUUGUCCGACAUCUGGGGGUGGUUGGUGAGUGCAACGUCCAGUACGCCCUCCAACCUGACGGACUUGAUUACCGUGUCAUCGAAGUCAAUGCUCGCCUUUCGCGGUCGUCAGCGUUGGCAUCCAAGGCGACCGGCUAUCCUCUGGCCUAUACAGCUGCAAAGAUCGGCCUCGGGCAUACCCUUCCGGAACUGCCCAAUGCCGUGACCAAGACCACCACAGCGAACUUCGAGCCGAGCUUGGACUAUAUCGUGGUCAAAAUCCCUCGCUGGGAUCUCUCCAAGUUCCAGCAUGUGAAACGUGACAUUGGAAGUGCCAUGAAAUCUGUGGGAGAGGUCAUGGCCAUCGGCCGCACUUUCGAGGAGUCGUUCCAGAAAGCUAUCCGGCAGGUCGAUCCCCGGUACGUGGGAUUCCAGGGCGAUAAGUUUGACAAUCUGGACGAAGUUCUUCGCAAUCCCACAGACCGAAGGUGGUUGGCCGUCGGGCAAGCCAUGAUCCACGAGAACUACUCGGUGGACAAGGUCCAUGGCCUCACCAAGAUUGAUAAGUGGUUCCUCCACAAGUUGCAGAACCUUAAAGACACAAUGACGGAAAUCCAAGAGAUUGGCUCGCUCAACGGCAUCAAGCACGAGCUGAUGCUGAAGGCCAAGAAACAAGGCUUUUCUGACAAGCAGAUUGCCAUGUACGUCAAUUCUACCGAAGGAGAAGUUCGAACUCGUCGACAGAAGUUUAAUAUUCGACCCUGGGUGAAAAAGAUUGAUACCUUGGCAGCCGAGUUUCCCGCCGACACCAACUACUUGUACACCACCUACAACGCCUCGUCUCACGAUGUCACCUUCGAAGACAAAGGGACUAUCAUUCUGGGAUCUGGGGUCUACAGAAUUGGAUCCUCUGUCGAAUUCGAUUGGUGUGCUGUUAAUGCCACGUUGUCUCUGCGCAAGAUGGGCCAGAAGACGGUGAUGAUCAAUUAUAAUCCGGAGACCUAUUCCACCGAUUUCGACACCGCCGACAAGCUCUACUUCGAAGAGCUGUCAUACGAACGGGUCAUGGAUAUCUACGAACUUGAAAAUGCUUCCGGCGUCGUUGUCAGCGUGGGCGGCCAGCUUCCGCAAAAUAUAGCGCUUCGGCUGCAGGAAGAGGGCAAGGCCCAUGUACUGGGCACCAAUCCAGUUGAUAUCGACAAGGCUGAAGAUCGUCAUAAGUUCUCGCGGAUCCUUGACUCGAUUGGCGUGGAUCAACCUGCGUGGAAAGAGUUGACCUCGGUGGCAGACGCUGAGGCUUUCGCUGACUCGGUGGGUUAUCCGGUCCUUGUUCGACCAUCCUAUGUUCUUUCGGGCGCUGCCAUGUCAGUCAUCUAUACCCACGAAGAGCUGAAGGACAAAUUGGAAUCCGCCUCAGCGGUUUCCCCCGAUCAUCCUGUCGUCAUCACCAAGUUUAUCGAGGGUGCUCAGGAAAUUGACGUUGACGCCGUGGCAUCAAAGGGAGAGCUAAUUCUACACGCUGUGUCCGAACACGUGGAAGCUGCAGGUGUCCAUUCUGGUGAUGCUACCUUGGUCCUCCCUCCGGCAAAUCUAGAUGAGAAAGUGAUGGCUCGCGUCAAGAAGAUCGCCCAGAAAGUGGCCAAAGCUUGGAAUAUCACGGGGCCUUUCAACAUGCAGAUCAUCAAGGCUGAUGCACCUGGUGAAGAGCCGGCACUCAAAGUCAUUGAGUGCAAUCUUCGUGCUUCGCGAUCGUUCCCUUUUGUCAGCAAAGUGCUUGGGACCAACUUUAUUGAUGUUGCAACCAAAGCUUUGGUUGGUCAGAAUGUCCCAGAGCCUCGGGAUCUCAUGGCUGAAAAGCGCGACUACCUGGCCACCAAGGUUCCACAAUUCUCCUGGACUCGGUUGGCGGGCGCUGAUCCUUUCUUGGGCGUUGAGAUGAGCAGCACAGGCGAGAUUGCGUGCUUCGGAAAAGACCUGAUCGAGGCAUACUGGGCCUCGUUGCAGUCAACCAUGAACUUCCGGAUGCCUGAGCCUGGGGAGGGAAUCUUGCUUGGCGGAUCGACCGAGCUUCCUGAGCUUUCCAAGAUUGUGGAAUAUCUUCAACCGUUGGGCUACAAGUUCUAUGCCGCGAGCCAAAACGUGAAGCAGCACUUGGAGAAGCCCGGUGCCUCGAUUGAAGUGAUUGAGUUUCCCACGACAGAUAAGAACGCACUUCGACAAGUAUUCCAGAAGUACGACAUCAGGGGAGUCUUCAACCUUGCAAAGACUCGAGGUAAGACGUUGGUGGACGAAGAUUAUGUGAUGAAAAGGAACGCUGUGGACUUUGGUGUCCCUUUGUUCAUGGAGCCCAAGACCGCAUUAUUGUUUGCUCAGUGCAUGAAUGCUAAACUUCCUCGACAGGAAGGAAUUCCUCCAGAAGUCAGGAGCUGGAGUGAAUUUGCUGGUUCCAAGAUGAUGUAA